AUGAGUUUGUACGAUAACGAAAUCUUCAAUAAUUCCGUCAACGACAACAAAGUCAACGACAAAAAAUCCAAAUCGACGCUGCAUCACAUCAAGAAAUUGAUCAAGUGCGUUUUGAAGACAAACAACUCGAAGAGGAAUACGUACGCGAAAAAUCCGCAGCCGAAUUGUUGUUUCGACGAAGAGAUCGCCGAUAAUUUGGCGAACGAGAUUUUGGAAAACGAAAUUUUCGAAGAUAUCGAUAGUUGCGAAGAAUACGCCGCCGUGGAGGUGUACGAAGACGGGGAAAAUAAUUUACUGCCCGUCGUUCGAGGUCGAAGGUAUAUUCCCGUACAUUUCGCCAGAACGGACGCCGGGACUUUCUUCUGGACGUCGAUCGCUACGCCAGACGCCGAUAUCUGCUGCCGAGGGGAUAAGAACGCCAUCUGCAAUUACCAGGUACCUCAAAGGCAAGUACCUCGCGACAGAUGGGCCCAAGCCUGAUCGCUCGACGUUUUUUCCGGAAAAU